CUGGAUGCCAUCUAAGUCUCUCCUUCCUUGUGGUCGGAAGAGUUUGAGGCGAAAGAGAUGGAGCCAGGCCGCCUGGGAGAUGAGAGGCAGAGCCACGGCCGGGAGGGAGACGUUGCCCGUGGGGAGAGGGCAAAGGGCGAGAAGGAAGUGCAACAUGUUUGACUUUCGUUUAACCCCCGGUGGGCCGACAUCCAGAUGCAGCGCAACGGUGAAUUAUUGGAACUGGUCUCCAAAAUGAAAUGGGCCCUUGCCACCAACAUUCUCCAUGGGGAACUUGGCUGAGUUUGGGAUUAUGCUUGGAAACAGUCCUCUCGGGGAAAGACUGAGUAUGCUGCUGUCCCAAGACAUGGAUCAGCACACUACUCCUCUCCUCACCCCAAGGUCAGGCCUCCUGCAACAAAGCCACCCUCAGGCAGAAACCUCAAGUCCUUUGGGAAGCCACGAGGCCACCACCUUGUCCAAUGAACCGGGCUUGGAGAAAAACAGUUCAGCUUCACAAUACGAGUUGAUGCCUGGAGAAAUUAUCCUUGUCGGCUUGCUUUGGGGGGUGUUAUGGUUCUUCUCCGUCUUCGGAAACUCCCUGGUUUGCCUGGUCAUCUACAGGAGCAGGAGGACUCAGUCCACCACCAAUUACUUCGUGGUCUCCAUGGCCUGUGCAGAUUUGCUGAUCAGUAUUGGGUGCACGCCGCUCGUGCUGCUCCAGUUGGCCUCCGAUGGAUGGACCUACGGGAGCGUGAUGUGCAAGACCAUCAGGUAUUUUCAAUAUGUCACCCCUGGGGUCCAAAUUUACGUCCUGCUUUCCAUCUGCAUCGACAGAUUCUACACUAUUGUCUACCCGCUGAGUUUCAAGGUGACGAGGGAAAAAGCCAAGAAAAUGAUUGCGGCUUCUUGGAUCUUCAGUGCGGCCUUGAUGUCUCCAGUGUUCAUUUUGGGGGGCUUGGACAGGGACCGUCACUGCCGUUUUUUCCCUCCCCAUUCUUGGGUGGGGGCUGUUUAUAGUGUCAUUCACGUAGUAGUAGCUUUCCUGAUUCCAUCGGUCCUCAUCAUUGUCUUUUACCAAAAAAUCAUCAAGCACAUUUGGAAGAUCGGGAGCGAGGGCAGAACGGUCCGGAGGACGAUGAACGUGGUCCCUCGGACCAAGGUGAAAACCAUCAAAAUGUUCCUGAUGUUAAAUGCCCUCUUUCUCCUCUCGUGGCUCCCCUUUUACGCGGUUCAACUUUGGCACCCGUCCGAGACCGAUCGUAGGAAAAGCGCGUUGGUUUUUUUGAUGGCGACCUGGAUAUCAUUUAGUUCCUCGGCCUUGAAGCCCAUGUUGUACUCGGCGUAUAAUGCCAACUUCAGAAGGGGGGUAAGAGAGACUUUCUGUAUGUCCGCCAUGAAAUGUUACCGGAGUAACGCCUACACCAUCACAACCAGCUCCAAGAUGGCCAAGAAAAAUUACGUGGGGAUCUCAGAAUUCCCCAGCGCACCAAAAACGGUUUGCAAAGACACCAUGUAUGAUUCUUUCAACAGAGACGCGAAAGAGAAAAAACUUGCCUGGCCUAUUAAUUCAAACCCACCAAACACAUUUGUGUAAUUAACGGCAGUCCUUUCGAAGGCUCUUCCGCCUAAACAAAGAGGCGAACGCUACCACUCCUUUGAACAGAUGCCGUUGACACAAAGGAUCUCCAUAUAAUGGAGCAGGGAGAAUAAAUGUCUGUUUUUAUUGAA